UAUAGCCUUUAAUAAUAAGUUGUAACUAUAGUUUACUUUUUUUAACCUCUAAUUUUUAUCUAUACACGUGAUUGUCUGUUGACAAAUAUUUCGACGAGAGUUGUAGGUAUUGAUAUUUAAGAAAUAAAGACUCAAGAAAUCCAGCAUUGUUCGAGAAAAUGACCAGAUAUGCAAGAGCAAGAGGAUCCAAAGCAUCAAAUGAAAGAUUGCCAAAUGAAGCCACACCAUGGCAUAUAAUGAAACAGCAAAAAGAAGAAAAUGAAAAUAAAAAAGUGUUGGAGAAAAAGAAAUCGGCGAAAGAAUUAUUAAAGGAUCAAAAUGAUACAUUUGAUAAUAGUACUAACAAAAAUGUUGAUCAGAAUUGGGCAGAGUUUGAUGACGAUAGAUCUAAGUCUGACAUAAAGAAACAUAAGAAGUCAAAAUCAAAGGAAGAUCGUACAAAUUUCACAGAAAUUUCUAAAAAUGAUAUUGCAUCUGAUAGUACUAAAGAAACAGAAAGUACAAAAAUUGAAACAACAAAUAAUAGAUCAGAUGAAUUUCCUAACAAAAUUAAACCAAAAAAGAGAGACAUUAAUAAUUCACAUAUACCAAAUGAAGAAGAAUCGAUAAUUUCACAAGAUGACAAGAAUUCAAAUUCUCUUAUAUUAAGUAAACGACAGAAACGAAAUCGGAAGAGAAAAUUGGAAACAUCUAAUGAUAAAUCUAAAAAGUUUGAAAAAGAUACAUCAGAUAAAAGUAGCAUAAUGGGGAAAAAGAAACUUAAGGAAAGAGGAGAAUAUAAAAGGAGGAAACCAAAUGUUGGUGUUGCAAAAAUGAUAAUUAAUGGUGUGGAAAUUGAAAUCGUUAUGUAUGAUGGAUUUCCUGUAAAGAAGGAGGAUGCAGAAAGAUUGACAGAACUUAAACAAAAAUUGAUACUAAAGGGCAUACCAAAAUCAGAGGUGGAUAUGGCAAUGAAGCUGGAGAGACGCAGGGCUGAGAAAGCUUUGGCGCGUGUUAAAAAACAAGUCUGCUUCAAUUGUCGCAAGUCUGGACACAAUUUGUCGGAUUGUCCUGAGCUUGGCCGCGAUGAAGCCUGUACUGGCAUCUGUUUCAAAUGUGGCUCAACAGAGCACACUCAUUUUGAAUGCAAAGUCAACAAGAAUUCUACCUAUAGAUACGCUAAGUGCUUUAUCUGUCGUGAGCAGGGACAUAUUGCUGUGGAAUGCCCUGAUAAUCCAAAAGGAAUUUAUCCCCAUGGUGGUUGCUGCAAGAUUUGUGGAGCUGUAACACAUUUAAAGAAAGAUUGUCCCGACUUGUUGAAGAGCAAGGAAGACAAUGUCUUUACAGUAGAGAAAAUGGACGAUUCUGCUAUAGAAUCUCUGCAAGAAAAUGUAAAAAAGAAUGGCGAGGAUAAUAAAUUGCCAAAAAAUAAAAUUAUCAAAUUUUAAAUAUAUAUUAU